AUGGCCGACUACCUCCCCGACCUCGCCGGCAGCCCGGGCAGCCAGCAUAGCAGACGUCAGGCCGAAAUCCUCGAUCGCCACCUCCCCGACGGCUACUCGGCCGAGCCCGACGUCAGUCUCCUCGGGCCUGGCCAAACCCUGGCCCCGUCGGCCUCUGGCCUGAGCCUCGACCAAGCCUCCAACACCGACUCGAUCGAAUCGUCCCUCCGGCUCCAGGGCGGCGACAUGCACCGCGACAUGUUCAAAAUCAAGGCCCGCGCAAACUCCCUCCGCCGCUCCGCGACCUUUUCCCACCAUGCGUCUCCGCGUCUGAGCCACCCCGGCGACAUGAGGGAGCCGGGCGGCUUUCGACGGCAUCAUUUGCGGCGCCGGGCGCGCCAGAGACCCGUGAGCGGCUACACGGCCGUGGCGAGGAAUUUCGUGGACUUUCUCGACCUCUAUGGUGGCUUUGCUGGCGAGAACCUCGACGAUGAAGAUAGUGAGGAUGAAUCUGCUAUCGAUGACGGCAUUGGGAGCGUUGACCCAGAAGAACCGCCUGAGCUUAGGCCCCUGCUAGGCCAUACUAGGAGCCAUAGGCGGCCGCGUAGGGAAGGCGAUGCGUCAACCCUCAAGACGUUCUUCACACUCAUCAAGGCCUUCAUCGGAACGGGCAUUCUCCUCCUGCCCAAGGCUUUCCGCAACGGCGGUAUUCUUUUCUCCUCCAUCACCCUGGUUGUCCUUUCUCUCGUCAACUGCCUCUGCUUCCGCCUGCUGCUGGACUGCCGAGAAAAGUAUGGUGGUGGCUAUGGUGAACUCGGUGCCGCUAUUGUCGGCCCCCGAUUCCGCAACCUCAUUCUAGCCUCAAUUGCCAUCUCUCAACUCGGCUUUGUAUGCGCGGGGUUAAUUUUCACGGCUUCUAACUUGAAGUCGUUCCUUGAUGCUGUAACUCAAGGCGACCGCAGCUUCGGGGUGGGCGUCCCAACACUCAUUGCCAUCCAGCUUAUUUUGUUGAUACCACUGGCCUUGAUUCGAAACAUUUCCAAGCUAGGACCCGUGGCCCUGCUGGCUGAUGCUUUCAUCUUGAUCGGACUCUCCUACAUUUGGUACUUUGACAUCUUGGCGUUGGCCAGGAAUGGUCUUGAGCCCUCUGUCAGGCUCUUCAAUCCCUCCGACUACACGCUGACCAUCGGCUCGGCCAUUUUCACAUUCGAAGGAAUCGGAUUGAUUUUGCCCAUUCAAUCCAGCAUGAAGAAACCGGAGCAUUUCAGCAAUCUUCUCUACUUUGUCAUGUUUCUCAUCACCAUCAUCUUCACCUCGGUGGGUGCUCUGUGUUACGCAACUUUUGGCGAGAACACCAAGAUCCAGAUCAUGUCCAACUUCCCGCAGGACUCGCCCAUCGUCAACGCGGUGCAGUUCCUCUACUCGAUGGCCGUCCUCGCCGGCGACCCGGUCCAGCUGUUCCCUGCCGCCCGCAUCAUCGAGACUUCGAUCUUCGGAGAACUGGCGACGGGCAAGAAGAGCGCUGCCAUCAAGUGGAAAAAGAACGCUCUCAGGACGGCUAUCGUGGGACUCUGCGCAGCGGUCAGCAUGGUCGGGGCCAGUGAUCUAGACAAGUUUGUUGCAUUGAUUGGUAGUUUUGCAUGUGUUCCUCUGGUUUACAUAUAUCCGGCGUAUCUGCAUUACAAGGGCGCAGCGGAAAAGACGUGGGUCAAGAUGCUAGACAUUGCGCUCAUGGUUAUCGGGUUCAUCGGCAUGGUCUACACGACUAUGGUCUGUAUGUCUCAGUGGGUUCAAGAUUCGUGA